GUGUCUGUCUGGGUCUGUCUGCACGUUUUGUGUGAAAGGGUUGAGAAAUUGUGCUAUUUCUAGCUGAUGAAUAUUUUUUGCAAGUAGUGGUAGCAAAGGCCGAAUCGAAUCCCCCCCGAGUCAGAAGAGUGGGUCGUCGUCGUUAGUAGAUUUGUGCUGGCUAAAAAGAACCAAGUUUAUAUUGCCAAUGCAUGUAGUAAUUCUAACUCCACACCUUCUGGUCUGUCUGGUCUGGUCUGUGUCUGUGUGUUACAAUAUUAUAAUAGCAGCAGCAGAGAGCAAAGUAAAGCAAAAAAGUAAAAGACUUUUAUAUUACAUGUAUAAAGAGAACCAAGAAGAAUCAAACCGUAUCUUGUAUCUGGCCCAUUGUAUUCUUCUUAAAACUUAAAUUCUCUGUCUGCUGUUGUUGUGUGUGUAUAUGCUCUCUAAUAAAAACUGAGCCUCCACUAAAUGUAAAGUAAAAUGUGAUGUGGUUAAUAUUACUGGCUUGUUAAGAGACACAAAUUCACCAAAGUCUUGGAUUCUCCUUUCUUCUACCAGCAUCAUCAUCUGCUGUGCAGACAUAAUAUAUAAAAAUAAAUAAACAAAUAAUUCCUUGUUGUUAAACAGACUGGAGGAGGAGAAAGUUAUCAAAAAGUGUGAGAGAUUCUUCCCUUCUGAUAAACUGUUUCAAAUUAUUUUGAGGGGGCUGAUGCUGGACAUUUUUAAAAGUUACUUUCACAUACAGACUUAUAAUAAAUAGGUGAGAGUACAAGAGCGUGACGACGAGACUAGUCCAGUGGGUGGGGUCGUCGUCGUUGUGGGGGACAGUUUUUCAAACCUGAUAAGCAUUGCCCACGAGGAGAAAGAGAGAGAGAGGUACGAAGAAAGAAAGUACCACCACCACCACCACACCACCAAUAACGGGUGUGUGUGAAUUGGGGUCUUCUUGUUGUAAUAAGAGAUAUAUUUGCGAAUUUAUUAGUGGAAUUUCUGCUGGAUUGGGGAAAAGAAAUCUUAUACUAGAGCUUUCUUCUUUCGCUGAACACUGCUGGAUGGAGCCUUAAUUAGUAGGAUUCAUAAUAAUUUUGGUCCUCUCACAAGUCACAAAUUGGUUGUUCUUGUUGCGACCCUAUCGUUAAAAGAAAUUACUUUCCUCUAUUCCAUGUUGAAAUAUAGCGAAAACCAGGUCUUCUCUUUAACGUGAUAUACUAAUCAAGAUCAAGGAGUACUUUUGAAGAAAAAAUUACGAUACAGUAUUAUUAUUCCAAGGAGAAUUUCUUUUAUCCUAAACAUAAACCAAGUGGUGCUAUAUAAUACCCUCCUAUUCCUUCCUACCCUUUUAAAUUAUAGGGAAAUGAAUGUACAUAAAAAAUAGAUAAAUAACAUAAACAAUUAUCCGGAAUGUUUUGACUGCUGGUAGGAAAUAAAUGUGGAGGUGGGCUCAUGUCUGAUAAUAAAAAGAGGGCUGUGUGAGAGAGCUGCUCUAAUUCUAAAUUGAGGUUGAACACAAGAAGAGAACUCCUAGAUAAAUUGUAGUCACUUAACCAAGAUAAAAUAAUACUUGACUAGAGUGGGAGUGGCGUCGGAGAAUGCAUCUUCGAAACUCAAGAACUUGUCCCAGUUGUUCUCGGAGACAGUUGGAAGUACCAGGAGCAGGGAGCAGCAACAUCACCGUUGGCGUUAGCAUUUUUGUCACUGUCAUCACCACCGUCUGACCUCUUUUUAAGAGUUAAUUAAUUAAGGAAAAAUUAUUGUAAUUAAUACUUAAGUCAAACCUAUCCGAGUGCUACAUAUUGCUGCCAACGACCAACGACAAGAUUUCUUCAAGUAUAAAAUAAAAUUCUCAUCGGGUCAGUCAGACAGUUUUCAUCGUCUGGAAAAAGUCAAUCCCGACAAAACUAACCUCUUCGCACUUUUUGCUACCCAAACUGCCAACUAGUAGCCAAGCCACAAAAUACGCAACUGCCACCAAUAAAAUUUUGACUUCAACUACUACUUCUACCUCAAAGCAAAUUCAAGUCUCGUCUGCUGACCUGCUGUCGGUUGGGACUUCAUUUUUUGGACUUUCUCUUCUUGGCCACAUUUUCCAGAAAUUUCAUAUUUCGUCAUCCCUUUGUCUUCUCUUGAAAAAGAAAAUCGACGUCUCUUCAUCUGCUGUGUACCUGCACCUUCUGACUUUCAAUAAUUAAUUACUUAAUUGUUCAUUAGUUAAUUUACAACAAGUGUUUCUCAUUGCUCAUCAUCCAUCAUCAUCACCAUCGUCAAGGGUCAAGUACAGAAAGAAACCGAGAAAAAACUUGCCUUGUUGUCUUGUGUAUGCGAAUUUAUUUGCAAUUUAUUAUAACUUUGAGUUGGAGUGUUCGAUCGUUUCAGUCAGCUUUAAUUGGAGAGAAGAAGAAAAAACUAUAUAUUUAUUUAAAUCAAGUGAUUUAUAUCAUGUCGGACGUUGAGAGUGGAGAUGAACGGCCUACGAGUCGAAGGACGGCAGGAGGUCAGAACGAGGAGCAGGAGCUGGCCUCCAAGAUGCUCCAAAUUCAGUCCAAAAGGUUCUAUCUGGAUGUGAAGGAGAAUCCACGAGGGAGGUUCAUCAAAGUUGCAGAGAUCGGAGCGGACGGUCGACGAAGUCAGAUCUACUUGGCGCUGUCCACAGCGGCCGAGUUUCGUGAUCACUUGUCAUCAUUCAGUGAUUUCUACUCCUCCCUGGGUCCGCCCAAUCCCGACACAGUUCCUGAAGAUGGAAAACUUAAGUCCGAGGUGAUGGUUAAGGCCAAUCGGAGAUACUAUCUUGACCUUAAGGAAAAUACUCGAGGCAGAUUUUUAAGAGUUUCUCAAACAAUUUCUCGUGGAGGUCCUAGAUCACAGAUUGCAAUUCCAGCUCAAGGAAUGAUAGAAUUUCGAGACGCAUUAACCGACCUGUUAGAAGAGUUUGGGACCGAAGACGGCGGUUUUCGAGGCGAGCUACCGGAGGGGAGGCAUAUUCGCGUUGAUAACAAGAUAUUCUAUUUCGACAUUGGACAAAACAAUCGCGGCGUCUUCAUGAGGAUAUCGGAAGUGAAGACAAAUUUCAGGAACGCUAUAACAAUUCCUGAAAAGUCAUGGUCUCGAUUCCGCGAUAUUUUUGGAGACUACGUCGAUAAGAUGAAGGAGAGUGGGGGUGGAGGUAGCGGUAGUGCGGCGGGACCUUCCUCUUCCAGUGUUUCGGAUAUUCCUCCACCUCCUACGUCGUCCACUACUGCCACAACGUCGUCAGACCGAGAACGCGACCCGCCCAACAAAUAAUUAGCGUAACUUGGAUAGACCACCUCCUGAUCUAGCCAUUUUUCAUUCAAUCAAUUUAACUACUAAAUCCUACCGUAACUGUAACUAGCCGUAAUAAGAUUAGGUUAUUAUAUAUUAUGAAAAUCAGUACUCCACAACGAGUUAUAUAGGCGAGUUGUCGGGAAAGGAGGAAAGUGUACGUGUAUGUACCUUCAAUUUGAUAUAUACAUAUUUAUAUCGAUCUACAUACAUACACUUCAAUCAAAUUAGAGACAAUUAUUGUUGUUGUAAAUUGAAACUCUGUUAAAAGUAAGAGUCUUUUGAAUGUUAAAUUUAUCCAAUUUGUUAUGUUCAUCAUGAAAAUUGCUACUCAAAUUGGCUCUUCUACUAAUUCAUUUGCAACUUCUUCUGCACCGAGAGUUUUGUUAACUAAAGUACUUUAAAAUUGUGAAACCACACCCAAGCCUGCAGCAAAUAACUAAAUGGAACUACUAUACCAACAUAGUCUUGAUAUAGCUUUAAUAGCAACAACUCAUUUUAAUUUGUACAGCAAACCCAACGAGAACAAGGAAGAAGAGGAACAUGUAUUACAUAAAUUGCAUGCUAGUGACUGCGACUGAGAGGUGCGUGUUAUAAGAAUUAGUUGAGCAUAGUGUUCAAGCAUAUUUGUUCAAGUCCUUUUUGUUAAUCCAUUGUUCCAAUUAAUUAUUAUUUACGUUCAACAAUCCACUUAAAAAUUUGUUUUUAAAUGCUACGUGGUUUUCUACAUACUAAUAUCGAUUAUUUUUUAUUUUUUAGUUAAAAAACCAGUACCGUUUAAAAAAAAUUAAAAAAAUGGACUGGAGAUGAAAGGCAAACCAAAACUUUACCAUUAAUGUUAUUAUAACAGACCGACACAUACAUACACGGAACAACAAUAUUGUGCUAGUUCAUUGUUCUAACUCAGUUUAGAAUUUAUAACAGAAUUAGCUAGACGUGUUUUAUAUCAUAUUAACAAUAAAUUGAUGCAUGUAUGUACAUAAUUAGUCGACAUUAAAUAAUCUGUAAAUAUAUAAAAAUCGAUUUCAAAAACUAUGCUAAAACUGCGUAGAGAGAACGAGGAGGCAGAAAAGUCUAUUAAGCAUUUAAAGAAAUAUAUUAUACAUAAUAUAUAAAUACAUAUAUCUCGAUAGGCAAAUGCUAAUAGUGCGAACUCGUGCGAUGAGACCAUACACCUUUAGCCACAAAUAAUAUUUGCACUUUUACAUAUGGACGAGACGUAGCGACUUUUACAUGUAAAAUAAAAGUUGUUAAUUCCCUCCGAUAUUAUAACGUGCAAAUGAAUUUGUUGCAAAAUGAUGAUGAUCUCGUCUUCGGUUGGUACUAAAAAUUAAUGUGAUUCAUUGAGUAGAGAAAUAUUAAAUAUUAUUGGGUCGACGAACUAUUAAGCGUUAGUAAGAAAAAAAGUAAUCCAAUUUAUCAUCAAAGGUUUAAUAAUUUAAAAAAAUGACUACAACGUUGUUGUUUCUCCUCUCUUGUGUCUUGUGCUUCUUGAUUACUAAAUAACGGUUUUUUAAAAUGAUGAUAUGCAUCAGUAUAAAAAUCUAAAUAUAUAUAUCACGUCUAAAAUUAGAACAAUAUUUGAUUUUAAAAGGUUGGAACAUUUUUAUUAAAGAUUACGAAAUUUAAUUAAUUAAUUUAACUUGUUCAUUAUGUGCACUAUACUAACGGAAAAUCAUUUUAUCCUUCUUCCUAAUAAUUUAAAAAAAUGAGAAAUAAUAUUUUUGUUGAUUAUUAGUUUGCCAGCCACGCCACAGUUGAAAGCUAUUGAAAUUGAAGGUGCUUUAGAAUGCUAUAAUAUUUAAAAAUGUUAACAUUCGAAAGUUACUACUAUUCAUGAUGUAUUUCCAUUACAGAUAUAUUUACUGUAUUACUACUAUAAAUCUAAAAUUAUGCAUACAUAAUAUAAAAUAAGCUACUGCAUAUGUACUACCUUAUUCUAUUCUCAAUUAGAAGUCUGAGAACUGAGUUAUUAAUGAAUUAUUAUAAAUCCGCCGCCAGGGGUUUAAUUAUCCAGUUUAAUUUAAUUACUUAAUUUUAUAGUUAUUACUUUUUAAGGAAUAAAAUGUCUAGAAUGUAGAGAUUUAUUAACGUUCUGCCGAUCUGUCAAAGAGAGAGAGAGAGCAAAAGGGGACAUGGGGAUGAAAGGAGAGAAACCAGCAAUCACUGCAAGUAAAUUUUAGAAAUGGGUUAGAUUUUUGGAUCGUUCUCAAACGUCCAAGUCUAUAAAAGCGAAAAGCUAACCUUAUAAAAUAAGUAAGUAACCGAGAGGGUAUAAGGUUAGAUAGAUGCUAUAAUAGUGAUGAGGUAAGCAUAAGUAAGAAAAAAAUGAUAAGCCACACAUAGAUUGUUUCUGUUUGAUAAGCCAUGCGUACCUAUUGUAGCUAAAAAAAAUGAAACUGAAGCCCAGUCCAUAUUUAGAGAUCAGCAGUGAUGUGUUGGUUGGUUGGUUGGUUGAUGUGUGUGUAAAGGAAAAGAGAAUAGAUAGCAAAAGAAUUAUGUGACGGAGUAAUGAAUGAGAAUGAUUUUUUUCAGAAUUUAUAACAAAAUCAAAAUUUGUUGGUUAUAUCAGGAUUCGAAAGUUAAUCGGAUAUUUAAUUGGUCAUUGUUUUUGUGUAAAUGAAUGAUGAAUGUGAUGUGAGGAUUCUUUAAGUCGGAACUGGUUCGGUAUGAUACAAAAUGCAAUUUGACAAAUGAUUUUUUUGUUGACUUUGUUUGACUGUUAUUAUAAACUUGUGUUUUUUGUUAACAAUAAACUGACAGAAAGAGAAGGAGAAGAAAAGAAGUUGUGAUUUUAGGAGGAUGUGAUUUUAUUUCAUUUAUUUCAUUUAUUUUUUUGCUUUUCAGUAUAUGUAGAAUGAAUGCAUAAUUAACUGUUAUUUUAGGACCAAGAAAUAGAAAUAUUUAGUAGUAAAUAAUUUGCAAAAACACAGAAUUUCUUUUCCAAAUUUCUCACCAAUAUUCGACAAGUGUAUAAAUCAAUCAAUCCAAUAUGUAUGUAUAACCAUCAAAGAAUCAAUACACCACUGCCAAAUACAGUCUGAGAAGGUUGAGCAAUCGAAGAACUUUCCAUUUAAUAGAACAACUACAUAACUACCUUAUUUCAUUUAAUAAUCCAGUUAAAAUGUCAAUCAGUAAAAAAAAUGUACUCGUUAUUUAUGCUACUGCCAUUCCAGAGAAUCGAUACGUUUACAUAAUUAAAUUGCAUUGCAGGCUGACACUAGAAAAAAACAUAAUGGCCUUAAAAAAUAAAUGCAGUUUAAGAUUCUGCUUUUCUAAUUUACAUAAAUACAUACAUAACAUGUAAAUCCAGUCCAGUUCCAUCAUCGAUUCAAUACUAUAAUCGCACUACUUCGAUUUAUAGGACUUUAUGCAAAUGAAAUAAUAUUUAAAAAUAUAACUGCCAUUUGUUAUGUUCAGGUCUCUUAAAUCUCAUAUAAAAUAUGCAAAGGGUUAUUAAUUUGCUGAAAAUAUGAUCUUCAUUCUUCACACCAAACCAAAAACCAACAUCAAUUUACGGACUGAUUUAAGGCGAAUAUUUGUCAAUUUUUUUAGUAGAAUGCGAUUAAAUGCAAGCGGUGCGUGUGUGUGUUUGCGCGUGAGAGUGCAUAUUAUAAUGACGAUUUACAUGAUUAAAGGACCAUGAAUUCUUAACGAUUUACAUUAGCGACACAUUUUUGCUUUUAAAAUACUCCAACACCAAACCCCAAUUAAUUAAGUCUUCGUAUGUGUAAACACUAGACUAAAUUUGACAAUGGUGCUAUCUAAAUAAGUAAAAUUAUGUACAUACUGUGGAGAAAUUAAUGAACGCUGGUAAACGUAAAUAUAAAUUACUUAAUGGCAAGUCGUGAUAAAAUGAUUGAUUCAGUGAAUUGAUAGUGAUACUAAUAAUUAAUCGAGCAUGAAUCUAAUUGAGUAUUAAAUUCUACCAAUCAAUUCAAUAUUAAUUUUACUUGGUGGUGUGCAAGCAAAAUGUUGAUAAGUAUGCGAGUCCUUCUUUUUAAUAACCUUAAAGAAAAAAGAAUCAGGAAUGUCGGUUAAGAAAAGUAAAAUAAAUAUUCGAAAAUCUUAUAAUUAACAUUCACAAGAAAGUAUUGGUUUGUUCGACAGAGUUCGCUAAGUCAUUUCACUAAUGGUACGUAUUGCUAAUGGGGAAUUAUUAUUGUGCAUAUUAAGUAUUUUGACUUUUCAUUAUUCAUUCGUAGAAGGCGUGUAAAAAUUAUACAUACAUCAUUUUCCUAGUUUUUUGAAAAUUUCACAGUAUGUAAUUUCAUGCAACUUAAUUAAGCAGCUGCAAUGCAUACGUAUUUCCCUUGGUGGAAUUAUGCAUUUAUUUUGUAAUUUGUUAAGAAAUAUCGAAUUAAGAGUUAAAAAUAUGUAUCAACUAGACGUGGGGCACUGCCAUAUUGCGUGGAUGAGAUAUAUGCAUGCAUGUUAUGCAAAUAUGGAUGCGUGGUUAACAAAUAACGGUUUAACGUAUACAUUUCGAAGAUAAGAAAAACAUAUAAAUCAGCAGAAACAGAGUUAUUAAAUGUCGACCACACCAAAACGAAUCCCAUAAUCAAUCUUUGUAAAAUUAUGAUUUAUUCCAACUGUUUGUAUGUAGUCUUCAGUAAGAAAAGUGAUAAAAAGUAAACAUUUGUCCAUUUUCACAUUUUAGGCGUGAUCCAUAAAUAAUGGAAAUUUUUCAGACCAUCCACCUCCUCCUCCUCCUCCUUGUCACGGGUUACACCCACUUUUAACAUGUGGCGCAAAUGGAGCCGACACGUGAAACGCUAAUCCACCCUCUCUUCCAUGACAUCAUUUAUGGAUCACGCUUUAAUACCACCCACGAAAUAAAUCAGAAUCAAUCCAAGCUAUUAACUCAUACAAGGCAAAUUUUCACACCUGUUAAUGGCUAGGAUAUUUAGGUACAUACUUAAAUAAUCUUGCCAUACAUACAUACAUACAUACAUACAUAUAUCUAGUUUAUUAAUUUAGUCUUAAGUACGUAAAAACAUCUACAUAUUAUUAUUAAGACGUACUUUUGGGAAUGAAAAA